CAUGCGCACGGGACAAGAGCCCGUUUCCGGCGGCUCCUCCUUCCGCCGUUGCACGAAAAAUGGCGGCUGGGAUCGGUAACGGUUGCGUCCGACGCGGGCUGGAGUGAUCUGCGGUGCUGCCGAGGGCCCAGUUUGAUCGACGUACGUCUAGCAAACACUGCAGGCGGUGUUUGAAGAUGGCCCAGAACUCGGUGUCGCUGUCCGCCGGCGAUCAAGCCAACAGGAUGGCCCACCGAUCCUCCCAAGGAGAUCUCAACCCGUCGGCCAUGGCUUGGGCGAUGGUCUCCGGAGACAGCUUCCUGGUUACUAGACUUGAUCCGAAUCAGCCAGGACCUCGGCCACCAGCGCGACCUAGCGUUCGGACCGACAGACGUCGAGUGCCCGUCGGUGGCCGCAGCCGUAGCCGAAGCCGCCAAGGCAGAUUCUCGCCCUACCCGAUCCCAGGCGUCAAACUCGACCUCUUAAGAAGUGUGCUGCAGCAGCGUCUGGUUGCGUUAGGAUCUGCUCUCGCAACCCGAAUCUCAGCGUAGAGCAAAUGUCUCCCCUCACUUAGCUUGCAAACAAGGCCUUUCCAAAAUCAUUUCUUGGUGUAACGGCAGUUUGAUUUUUACUGACGUACUUUCACCGAUGUGGGCGGUUAUUAUAGGCUAUCAAAAGUUAACCGGACAUAGUAACACAUUUUUAAUCUCAGUACUCGGGAAGCAGUCUCUGAGUUACAGGAUAGCCCGUGUUACAUAAUUGAGGGGCUUAAUAUCCUUCCAUCUGGGGCCAGGAAGAAUGUAGGAAGGGUUUUCUUAGGUAAUCACAAAGCUAAGUGAUUGGGUUUUCUUAGGUAGACACAAAACUAAGUGAUUAUUUGAGUGAUGUAGAGUCUCUAAUAGUGUAGACUUCCCUGGAUAGUCUUGAACUCAUUCUCGCACCUGGGCCUCCCAGGUGCUGGGAUUUACAGGCCCGAGCCUUACACCAGGAUUGAGUAACAGUUACUCAAUGUGGAAUCCAACUGUAUCUGAGUUCCACAAUCCUCCCUGAUUACUUUGAGACUUCGAAUUCAAGCUUUUGUAACUAUCUUCCUCUUUACCCCUGACUACCCUUGAAUUCAUGUUGAGAACAAAUGUCCUUUAUCAGUUGCUUUAUCUUUACACCUUUCCUCGCCACCUAACUAUACACCCCUUCUGCGUUCUUUCUUCUUUUUCUUUACAAAUGUCUACAGAUUCCCAGUCUUGGGAUGUCUCAUUUUGUACCUCUGACAAGACUGCCUCUACCUCCCACGUGCUGAUAUUAAAGGCAUGCUCC